AGGGUAUUUAGGACGCAAUGUGCAAGACAACGGUGUCUGUCAUAAACAGUCACAUAACCCUGCACGCAACAAAACGAUCUCCUUGUUCCUAUUCUAGUCCAGCACGGGUUUUUCCUCUUGCAUGACGUGGUGCGCUCAGAGGGGCGGGGCUAACUCAACCUUUUGCACGCCGAGGCUGCACAAGAUGAGGUUGGAUGCUGACUUCCCGCGGCUGUGACUUACUGCGCUGAGUUGGAUGCUUUCCUGCACUUUAAAGAGGAUUUAUGUGGAAAUCGCUUUGAAAUGACCGGAGAGAGCAUCCAUAUAAAUAAUACCUCUGUAGAUGGCAAAAAACAGAGAUUGUUGCGAUGAAACACUCAAUUGUUCUUGGGAUUUUUUUUAAGUGCCGUUGCUUGUUUUAUUUUAAAAAGUAGGCUAUAUGCUCCCUCUCGCUUUACCUUACUGCUGCGAAGAAUACGUUCAACAAAGUUGAAGCUCAUUUUGUUGAACAACCAGAGGAACAACCAAGUAAACAGAAACAGCAAAAUAAUUAAUAGAUAAAUAGGUAACUGUCCUUACUCGCGUUUGGAGCUGUCUUGUAGGAGGAGUUCGUUUAAACCUUACAAGUAACGGAUUUUCCCCCUUAUAAAAGAAGAUUUGAACGCAGCUACCCAUUGGAACGCUGCGCGUGGGACUGGCGGUGACUACCUAACAGGUCCUGGCACUGACGGAUGCCCUGUUGUCACGCAUAGUCCAGAUCUUUCCUCUUUCCUUACCCCCCCUCUUCUUCCACCACCAAUCCAAUACACCCACCCACCACACUACUCACCACACUCUCCCCUCCUGCCCACCCCCCCCGCCCCCCCAAAGCAUUGCAAAUAAGACCUGCUCUCCCCGGGCCUCAGACGCUCAAACAGCACACACACUUUCCCUCUCUCUUUCUUCCUCUCUGCAUGAGCUGCCUCCCUCCUCCGGAGUCCCGCGAUCUUCAUGGGUUGAAGAGGAGCUGAAGAGCCGACAGUCUUCCUCCUGCUCCUCGUCCUCGUCGUUCCUCCUCAUCCUCAUCCUCCUCCUCGUGCGGACGCAGCCUCCCCGCAGCCUCCCGUUUUGGGGGAGGGCGCCAUGGCCCCAGCCUCUGGCGUGUUUGGACUUGCAGCCGCGGCGGCGGUCGGAGGGAGAAUAGCGGGUCGCUGCCAGUGAGCGGGCGGUCGCGACACCACCACCCCGCACAAGAUCGCCACCACCCCCACCUCCGCAGGACCACCCCCACCCCCACCUCCGCAGGACCACCCCCACCCGUGCAGCAGCAGCAGCACCACCCCGCGCCCCUGUCUCAGAGUGGAAGGGGUCCCGCCCGUUUAGCGCGCCUGGACUGGGGUCGGGGGGGGGGGGCCCCGCAGGGCCCGGCAGUGAGCAUGCAGCUGGGAUUGAUGGCGGUGCUGAUCUUCCUCAGCUCCGCGGAGAACGGCGGCACCACCCGGGACCCCAAGGACCGGAGACAGAGGCGGAUAAGCACUGAGGUCCCGCCCUCCUGCUCGCGCGGGUGCGAGCUGUGCUCGCAGUACAACGGGUGCCUGAAGUGCCUGCCCAAACUCUUCAUCCUGCUGGAGCGCAACGACAUCCGCGAGAUCGGCGUGUGCCUCUCCUCCUGUCCCGAGGGCUACUUCGGGGUGCGCAACCCCGACAUGAACAAGUGCACCCGGUGUCGAAUAGAGAACUGCGAGGCCUGCUUCAGUAAAGGUUUUUGCACAAAAUGUAAAGAGGGCCUGUAUUCCCUUAGGGGGCGCUGUUACAACAGCUGCCCCAAGGGCUUCAGCACCACUAACGGCACCACAGAGUGCAUCAGUACAGUGCAAUGCGAGCUGGGGGAGUGGGGCCCCUGGGGGCCCUGCAUGAAGAAGAACAAGACCUGCGGUUUUAGGAAGGGGACCCAGGUCCGGUCCCGCGAGCCCACGCAGACCCCCAGCCCGGACACUGUCCCGUCUCCCGUCACCCCGGCGACCUGCUCCCCGGAGACGGAGAGCCGCAGAUGCACCGUGCGGAAGGUGCCCUGCGCUGGGGGCAAAGAGAAGGGGAAGAACAAGAGCGAGAGACGAGAGGAGAGCAAGAACAGAGAGAACAAAGAGAACGGGAAGAACAGGAGCCGAGAAGCCAAAGACGGGCGAGCGGGGGGGAAACGCAAGAAGGGCCAAAAUCGGGCCACGCCCACCCCCGCCUUCACACCCAGCGGCACCAACUAACCCACCGAGGGAAGGGCCUAUAUAUACAUAUAUAUCUAUACAUGCACAUAUAUGCAUAUAUAUAUGUGUAUAUAUGUAUAUAUAUGUAAAAGAAAGAUGUGAAACCAGAUAAACUCACUAAUGAAGAAAAGGGUUUGUGCUGCUAUAAUGCAUUUAGAAGAAGAUUUUGCCAAGAGAACUGGAGGAUUGCUGCAAUAAAUAAGGAACAGUUCUGAAGUGGGCGGGGGGUUGGGGUCGAGACGGAGCAGGGUCGCAGACCUGCCGUACGGACAGACGGACAGACGGACAUUUUCCGGGACAUUCUAUCUGCGAUGGGAGGGUCCCGUGGUUUGGGAAUCCUGUGUGGUUUUCCUUUGAGAACGUAACGGGGGCCGAGGUUUGUCACGGCAUUGGUUCUUUUAUUUUAUUUCCUUGGUUUUUCUCUCGUGAACAGAUUAACAGACUUUGGAUGAAAGAGGUCUAAGGUUUGGAGGGUAAACUCUAAGAGAAGUUAAUGCUGGAGGCCCAGCAGAGAUGGCGGGGGGGACGGGGGACGGGGAUGUUUAAAUUCACAGCAUUUGCAUUGUUGUUUGAAAUUCUGAAAUUUUAUUUUAAUGACGCUUUUGUUUUUCAAACGUGGAAUGCUACAGCACACAUCCAGCGCUGUAACAGUAAGGGAAGUCUGGGGACGUUGUUUAAACUUAAUAUUUGAGGCUGGGGGGGGGAAGGAGAUGGGGGUAGGGGAUGAACAGUAUUAAAACAUUUUAUUUUUUAUUUCAAAUUUAUAAUGAAACGAAAAAAAGCACUGGAACUAAAUAGUGGCUUGUUGGAAAAAAAAGGUUUUGCUGAAUAGUUCAAGAAGCAGGCCCCAUAUCCAGAUUUGUUUGUUUGUCAAAACCCACCAUCUUAAUUUCUUAGUUGACAAAACAUUUUUUGAUUAAGAAAAUGAAAGCAUAUACUGUGUGUGUGUGUAUAUAUAUAUAUACACACACACACACACACAUACAUAUAUAGGUGGGUGUGUGUGUAUGUAUGUAUGUGUGUGCAAAAUGCUAACUGUUAGCUUGUCCUGUGGAACAGUGAAUCUGCUCGGAAGAGGAGAGAACCAAUGGUGACGUAUCCCAUAUUAUUUUCCGCGAUAAUCAAAGGCCUUUGGUUUAGUAUAAGCCUUCUACUGCUGCUGAAGGAGCCAUGUAUGUCUGCAGAAAGGGUCGCAAACAUUGCCCAGCCUGUGUUCUGUAUUACGAAGGUGAGUUUCUGAAGAAAGACGUUUUUUUUUGUGUGUGUGUCAUAUAGUCAAUGACAAGUAGGACUGCAAAUGUUCUUUCUCUGAUGGAGAGGACCAAAAGACUGUUUUCUUUGUACAGUUUUCUCUGUGCUGUCAUCACGUAGUUAAGCUUGACUUGGAUACUUUUAUUUUUGCAUUACACCAAAUACUAGCCUCGUAAAAAAAGAUAUCCAUAUGCAUUGUGGCUUGUGACACUGAAAUGCAGUUUUUUUGUUGUUAUUAUUAUUAUUAUUAUUAUUAUUAUUAUUAUUGUAUCUCAUAAUUUCUGUGACCGCUGUGGAUACAGUAUAAAAGAGGGUACUAUAUGCUAAAUUUACAAAAAGAGUAAAUGCAGUUAACACACCAACUGAAACAUUCUACAAUAUGCUCGUUGUUUUCAAGUCUGUUUAACAUGUAACGGAGCUUGGCUUGUGUGACAAAUGUUCAUUUAUUUUAUUUUCCUGUUUGGCUCAGCUGUGUAUGUAUAAUGUUGAUUUCCCUUCCAAUACCUGAACACUAUACAGGAGUCCACGCAGUGGCACGCCCAGGUACAUUUCAGAACCAUUGGGGUCCGUUCCAACUUCGUCUUCCAUUUGGUUCAGAAAAUAUCCAGAAAGUUCCCCAAGUAAUCUUAGAAAACAAAAAAAAGAGGUCACAGAAAAAUGUUCCCAUGUGAGAUAGCUACCAAACAAACACCCCCCCCCCCCAAUGGUUACCAUUUAUUAUUGAUUUAUUAUUGUAUAACAUAACUAUUUGAGUUAAAGAUUUAUUCAACAUUGUUAACCCAAGAAAGUGAGUGUCAGUGUGACCCGUACACUGAUCUGCUUUUAUACCAGAUUUGAUACUGCAGAACAGCAGCAGCCCUGUUCCUUGCAACCUAAAACACCGUAUUGGGUACACCUGGGAACAUUUACACAUUUUGGGACCGUUCACCCUGGCACUUCAAACGCUGUUCAUUCUGGUGAACAAUAAUUAUUAUUUGGGAUUUUAUCUGCAUCGAAUUUUAUUUUAAGGGCCUUCUAGACAAUUGGAUAAUGUUGAAUAAACAUGAAAUUACAUAAGAACUACCAGUGAGCAUUACUUGUUUUUGAAAGACUCAAUACACAGAUAGUAUAUGUGUAGUAAACAUGUAAUAAGUAUAUAACUAAUGAUUUCCAUAUUGUUUCUUGAUAAAGUACCACUUUGGUCUGAAAGUAACUCAAGCUUACAUAACUAUCAGUUAUGUGGCAUCACUGUUUCAUAUUUUAAUAAUUAAAACAACAUUUGAACAGAAGUGUAUACUAUUAAAAUUAUUUCUAAAUUGCAUUAUUUAAACUGAAGGUUUAUUUAAUAAGUUUUACCUGCUUACUAUCUAUUUGCUGAAUACUUUUGAAAAUAAGUUAUGCUUAGUUUAUUGUUUGCAAUGUUUUAAAUUUAAUAGCAGUUUCGAUGGGCUCUUAAUGUAAACUGUGGUCCAGUCGCUCAAAAUUAGAACAUGUUUCCUCUGCAUUCAAAGUUCUGACUGGUAGAACACUUAAACCUGGUUCUGUUUUCCUGUGCAUGUAAGAGCACAAUCAGAGUUGCCAUCGGUAGAUGAGAGAAGUGCUCUGCUUGUGCUGUAAAGGUAUUGGAGGGUCAAAUGUUGAUAUCGCAGCUGAGAGAACAUCUUUAAAAAGGUACGGGAGGAACAAACGCUUCUCUGCAAUUAUUUGACACAUAAUCCAUGCUCAGAGUUCAGUUUUGAUGUGCUCAAUACAAUAUCCGAUGUUA